UCUGACCUGUGAGAAUGGCAGGGAUGGCCCUAUGACUAGGCCACAAAGAGAAGGAAGGAGAAGGAGAGAGGAACAGCAUCUACAACGUGCAUCCCAAGAGAGCAUCGAUUUGGAAAUGGUCUAAAACACUACUGGAUUAAAGACUCAUCUGUUCAAGUCCAAGUGUAGUCAUGCAGGAGAAUCCAGGCUCUAUAGGUGUGGAUGGAGGAUACGCCAGCAAUGUACCUGCUUUCCUCACUAAACUCUGGACUCUUGUGGAAGACCCAGAGACCAAUCAUCUGAUUUGCUGGAGCACUACGGGCACCAGCUUCCAUGUUUUUGACCAGGGCAGAUUUGCCAAAGAGGUUCUGCCCAAAUACUUCAAACACAAUAACAUGGCAAGCUUUGUACGCCAGCUCAACAUGUACGGCUUCAGGAAGGUGGUGAAUAUUGAGCAGAGUGGACUGGUGAAACCCGAGCGAGAUGACACCGAGUUCCAGCACCUCUAUUUCCUCCAGGGCCACGAGCAUCUGCUUGAGCACAUUAAGCGCAAGGUGUCAAUAGUGAAGAGCGAGGAUACCAAAGUUCGGCAGGAGGACUUGAGUAAGCUGUUGUAUGAGGUGCAGGUGCUUCGCAGCCAACAAGAGAACAUGGAGAUGCAGAUGCAGGAUAUGAAACAGCAGAAUGACGUUCUCUGGAGAGAGGUGGUGUCAUUGAGGCAGAAUCAAACACAGCAGCAGAAAGUCAUGAAUAAGCUGAUUCAGUUCCUGUUCAGCCAGAUGCAAUCCAACACUCCCAGUACUUUGGGAAUGAAGAGAAAGCUUCCUCUCAUGCUGGAUGAUGGCUGCUCCACCCCUCCUGCCUCAAAAUUCAGCCAUAGCCACUCCACAGAGUCCUUGCAAGAAUCUUUCUAUAUCCAGUCGCCAUCCACAGAAAGUGCAUCCUGCUCUACUAGCAAUGUGAUGACAAGAGGGCCAAUAAUCUCUGAUGUCACUGAAAUCUCACAGUCCAGCACCAUGGCUUUACAAAUGGAGGCAGAGGAAUCUAGAGAAAAGUGUCUGAUGCUGAUUAAGGAAGAGCCGGUGAGUCCUGGGGUGCAGGGACGAGGAGAGGGUGUACCACUUGGCUCCUGUGAGGUGUGCGCUGAACCCCCCGUCCUCCCUGUUGCCAUGGUACAGUCCGUCCUAGAGGGCCGAGGAUCUAAUUUGGGAGAGAGAAGGGCCAAAAGAUCAAUGCUGGAGAGACCAGAGAUUCCUGAGGGUGUGGAGAAUGUUGACAUGAGUCUGGAGGAUUUACAGCUGCUUCUGAGGAGUCACCAGCAGAGCAUGGAAACCAGUGCUGCAGCAAUGGAUCCCUUCACAUUUAGUCUGUCUUUGAACGAGUGGAACUUUACAGAAAUGGACCCAAACCUGAAAUCAGAGCUGGCUAAUGCCCUCAUCCCUGCUGCUGUGUCACAGUACAUGUUUCAGGGCCAGGAGGGGGAGACGUACCCCACCGCUGGCUAUGAGGAGCAGUGAAGCCCUGAUAUGACAGCCAGCACAGAUCUCUCCUGAGAGUGAGCAGAGUGAUCCGUUUGAAAGCAUGCCACUUGGAGUGUACAUUGUCUCAACAUCGGAAGAGAAGGCUCAAAUUUAUCUGACUAGUAGAUGUGGAGGUGAUAUACAGUAUAAAGUAAACAUGCUGACCAGCCCUUUGUGAAGAUUCACUUAGUUGGCCAUUGGCGGAAGGUGCAUAUUUACAAAAACAUUUGGAGCAAUUCAACUCUUUGGGGAUGGAAUAUUUACGAUAAUCCUUUCUCAAAACCUAGAAGGAGUUCAGGCUCAGAUCUCAAUCAAGAUCAUUUUGAAGAUAUUUUUCUCAUGAUAUAACCCAUCCUAAGUAAACUUCUAUUGCCAAGGAAAAGGCAAUAUUAAGCAUUUCCCUCCCCAACAACUACAAUGCAGGCGAACUAUAUGAAAUAUGACAAAUCAUUGUGGCCCAAGUUUGAAUGCACUUUAGUCUGUGUGUUGAAGUUUCUGCUUUGUGGAGCUGUGAUUUCAUUUUCUCUCAAAUGUAACUGUAAAAAAAAAGAUAUAUAUAUUUAGUUCAAAUUGAUAUUAUAACAAAGCGCACACUUGUAUUUCAAUAUAUAUUUGAAGACAUAUAAAAAGUGCUGGUUUAAUCAUAUUUUGUAUGUAUUACGGUAAUGUGAGAGGUCUAGGGGUAAAAAAGUAGAUCUCGCAGAAAGAAAACUGAAACGAUGCACUGCUUUUUGCACAAUUUAGUGUCUUUUUCUUAAUAAUAGUCUAGUAUCUGAAAUAUAUUAUUAAGACAUCAAGUAUAUUUGUUUCAUUUUAUCCUUUAGUUGAUCGACUAGCCUUUCAGAAUUUACAGCUGUCUUUGAUACACUUAUGAUAUAUUGUGUGAUAUUUGCCCUUAUUUGAUAUAAAUGUAUUGACCACACUGGUUAGAUGCAAACGAAGACAGAAACAGCAAUUCUUAAUGCCUUUGGAGAUAAGCACUAUAAUUACGUAAUAUGUAUGUUUUAAUUAUUAUUUAUAUUCUAAAUUGACAUUUUCAGUUGAAAUGAGAUCUAACAAUGAUAGUGCCUUUGGCUUUAGGUAAGAAUGUGUUUAUUUUUCCUGCCAAACCUCAUAUAAUGAAGGCAAAUCACAACAAAAACACAACAUACAAUAACAUUUCAGAGGCCAUAAUGCACUUUGUUAUCACAGGGCAGCCAUGUAGCAAUGCAGAAUACCCCAGAUCUCUUACAAAUGUGUUGAAUUUUAAGUGCAGUACUGCUGCAUUUAUUUAUGAUUUCCCCCAAAAAAGUAAUUUUGCUGCAUUGAUUUGUAUGAUUUUUCAAGGAUGCAACAACUAAUAAUGAUUUAGAUGGGAACUAUGAUGGAAUAAAAUAAAUUGCACUAAGGAUGAUAACUGUAUUAGAAAUAGUGUUUAUUCAGUGUUUGUUUAUACUCUUAUUUUUUCCACUAUUCCCUACUAAAGAGCAAUAAUUAAAUGGUUUAUUUUGAGAAGGGUGCUUUUUCACAUAGGUUGCAAGUCUU